AUGGAGCCAACUUCAGGUAGUUCAAGAAGUCAACAAAAUAUUGGUCCAAGGGAAGAAAGGCCCCCGCCUUCAAAUGCUCGUCGCUCCAAGUCGCGAAAUCGUCUUAGAGAAGGAAGCAGCUCUGUUCCCCUUCGAACACAGGUCAGCCACAAGUGUUGUCGCCGAUUACAACAAGCCUUAUGUUUAUGCUUCUCCUCCACCACCAAAGAAGGUUGCACACUUCCUCCUUAUUUUUUCAAGUCUCCUCCUCCACCACCAAAGCACGUUAUCCACCCACCGUACCACUACAAAUCCCCACCACCUCCACCAUCUUCUUCACUGUCACCUCAUUACAGGUCUCCACCACUACCAAAGCAUGUAAGCCACCCACCCUAUGUCUACAAGUCCCCUCCACCACCAGUCCACUUGCCACCACCUCCUUACAUCUACAAGUCCCCACCCCCACCUCCACCAGCCCCCUCACCACCACCUCCAUACAUUUAUAAGUCUCCACCCCCACCAGUUCACUCACUCGCCACCACCUUCUUACAUCUACAAGUCUCCACCACCACCAUCCCCAUCACCAUCACCUACAUACAUUUACAAGUCUCCACCUCCACCAGUCCACUCACCCCCACCUCCUUACAUCUACAAGUCUCCACGACCAUCAUUCCCAUCACCACCCCCUUCAUACAUUUACAAAUCCCCACCUCCACCGGUUCAUUCACCGGCACCUCCUUACAUGCAGGGGCGGACACACAUUGGAACGAGUGGAGUCAACUGACCCCAGUGAACUUUUAG